AGCAGGUUGAGAAAGAAGUACACAGAUUUUUUCAUAGCACACUCAAGUUACUACUCUCCACCCUUUAGCUCCCCUCCUUUCUGGCCGGCCACUCGUUGCCUGUUGUCCUCGCGUGCACAAGUUCGUGCUUCAUGAUAGUCAUUGCUACACCUGCUUUAGUAAGUCCCUGUCUCAAAAAAUGGUCGUUUUUCCCGAGACGAUGUUGCCGGAGCGAGUGCGGCAGACGAGGUUUUAUCGCAUGACGGUAAAAAAUCCGCUUCCGCUUUUUAGUAUCAUCUACGGGUUUUUUCUGUGUGUGAAUGGAGCCACCCGACUCUCCAGUGUAGACCAUUUGGUACCACUUGAUGAAAUACGGUGUUGCGUUCACGCGGUCUCUCUUGUCAUAGGUGUCUACUGUUGGGGAGUACGCACUGCCGUGGCUAAUGCGAAGAAGAACUCGACGAGAACUGAGGAGAGUCCAUCGAAUAAAGUGGCGACAUCGGGCUCUUGUCUGGUGGAGGAUACUACUGAGUCUGCGUCUGGUGUUGCGGAUGAGCCAAAGUCCACAAACCCUCAAAGGAUGAAGCACCAGGAAAAAACAUCUAGAAGCGCGGCCGAAGAGUCUGGAGGUUCUGGUGCUGGUGACACUAGAACAGACCCCGAAAUUAAAAAGGAAGGUGGUAAAUUAACGAGCGCGGGAAAAAAGAAGAAGAAGUGGUGA